AAAAUCAAUACUGCGUUUCAAUAAAUGGAGCAGUCUAAUCACAAAGAACUCCGAUUCCAUUCCAAUGAGCACCAAGUGAGUUGCAUGUAUCUAAUAAACAAAAUGCUGCUGAAGAUCGAAAAUACUCUUCUUCGAAGCCAUCGUCAACGUGAGACAACUGGAAUAAAGGAGCUGUACAAUUCUUUUUUCGUAUUAUUUUAAACAUUGAAAGCGAGAAAUUUUAAACUGUUUCCGUAAAACAGAAUUCAGUGUUAAAGUCAAAUAUUUAGCCAACUUAACAACCUUGUUACUAGUAUAUUUUACAAAAUUUUAUGAAUAAUAUAAUAAUAAAAAACAUAAAUAAGAAAGUUAAAGAGUGGAAAACGUAAUCAUAGAAAUAAUAAGAAUAAAAUAAUUUGGUUGUUAGUAAAAUAAAAGUGUAGUUUCUCUGAAAUUCAAUUCAACAAUUCAACAAU